UACGAGGUAGUUUCUCUUUCUCCCUUACCUUUAUUGUUGCUUGUGUUGGAAGGCGACUGUCCAAAGUUUUCCACAUUUAGGAGACUGCAGAAAGGUGGGGCAGAUAGAAUGGAGAUGGCAAAGAUCUCUCUGGGUAUAUAUGGGCCUGGAGAAGUAAUGGAAUAAUUUCUAAUUUUUGGAGAAGGCAAGUGCCCUCAUGCCGGGAUGGCAGAAGAUGAACCCGAUGCUAAGAGCCCCAAGACUGGAGGCAGGGCCCCCUCAGGUAGUGCUGAGGCAGGGGAACCCACUACCCUUCUUCAGAGGCUCCGAGGUACCAUUUCCAAGGCCGUGCAGAACAAAGUAGAGGGAAUCCUGCAAGAUGUACAGAAAUUCUCAGACAAUGACAAGCUGUAUCUCUACCUUCAGCUCCCCUCAGGGCCCAGUACUGGAGACAAAAGCUCAGAGCCAAGUUCACUCAGCAAUGAGGAGUACAUGUAUGCUUAUAGAUGGAUCCGCAACCACCUGGAAGAGCACACUGACACCUGUCUGCCAAAACAAAGUGUUUAUGAUGCCUAUCGGAAGUACUGUGAGAGCCUCGCCUGUUGCCGCCCACUCAGCACAGCCAACUUUGGCAAAAUCAUCAGAGAGAUCUUCCCUGACAUCAAGGCCCGAAGACUUGGUGGCCGGGGCCAGUCUAAAUAUUGCUACAGUGGCAUACGAAGGAAGACCUUGGUAUCUAUGCCACCCUUGCCUGGACUUGACCUAAAGGGCUCUGAAAGUCCAGAAAUGGGCCCAGAGGUAACCCCAGCACCUCGGGACGAACUGGUCGAGGCAGCCUGUGCCCUGACCUGUGACUGGGCAGAGCGAAUCCUGAAACGGUCCUUCAGUUCCAUCGUUGAGGUGGCACGCUUCCUGCUACAGCAGCAUCUCAUCUCCGCCCGAUCUGCACACGCGCAUGUGCUCAAGGCCAUGGGGCUUGCUGAGACCCUUCCAGGACAUACCUUAGACCACCUUCUCUUCCCUGCCUAUACCAGCCAGUCAGAGUCACCUCAGUCCUCCAUUCUAUCUCCUACUCACCUUGUUACCUUUUCCGGCACCUCCGCAGAAGAGGACGAACAUGCCCCUCGGGAACGGUCAUCUAAAUCCAAGAAUGGUGUGGAGAACCUGGAGGGCGGAGCCCAUAAGAAACCAGAGAGACCAGCCCAGCCUCCGAAGGAGCUGGAGCCCCGGGCUGGGGCUGGCCCCCCCGCACGCGGAGAGCGGAAGAGGAGUGCGGUGGAGAGCCCGGCUCCAGCAGCCAGUAACCCGCAGGUUAACGCCCUCGUGGCCCGGCUGCCUCUGCUCCUGCCCCGGGCCCCGCGCUCGCUUAUUCCACCAAUCCGAGUCUCUCCACCCAUCCUGGCCCCCAAACUCUCCUCAGGCUCUCUGAAAGUGGCCACGCUGCCUCUGCCCAGUAGGGCUGGGGGACCCCAAGCAGCCGUGCCCAUCAUUAACAUGAUUUUACCAACUGUUCCUGCUUUGCCUGGACCUGGACCUGGACCUGGGCCUGGGCCUGGUCAAGCUCCACCUGGGGGGCUCACUCAGCUGAGGGGCCCAGAGAACAGGGAAGUAGGCAUAGGUGGUGACCUGGGACCCCAUGACAAGGGCAUCAAAAGGACAGCUGAAGUACCUGUGAGUGAGGCGAGUGGGCAGGACCCACCAGCUAAGGCAACAAAGCAGGAUAUAGAGGAUACAGGAAGUGAUGCCAAAAGAAAACGAGGGCGCCCUCGAAAAAAAUCAGGUGGAAGUAGGGAAAGGAAUGCGACCCCUGACAAGUCAGCCGCUGCCAUGGAUUCUGCCCAGUCCUCAAGGUUACUGCGGGAGACGUGGGCCUCUCGAGGGGAAAGCAACGCAGCUGGAGGGUCCGAGACGCCAGGGCCAAUGGGAGAGGCUGGGAAGGGGAUACUUGCCCAGGGUCAGGAAGAUGGUGCUGUUUCCAGAGGAGGAAAGGGCCCCAGUUCUCGGCAUGCCAAAGAAGCGGAAGAUAAAAUUCCUCUUGUCACCCCGAAAGUGAGUGUCAUCAAGGGCAGUAGAAGCCAAAAGGAGGUUCUUCAUUUGGUUAGAGGAGAGGUAGACACGGCAGCACAGGGUAAUAAAGACUUAAAGGGGCAGGUGCUUCAAAGUUCCUUAUCCCAGGAGCGAAAAGACCCCAACGCAACACCCCCAUGAUAGGUAUGUGGGGAGGAGUGUGUAUAUCCGUAUGUUAACUCUACCUGCCUGCCUGGUAGAGGCCUUUCUCUGCACUUGCUUCUCACUUGGCCCUUCUGUAUAGACAGCUGAGGUACCCUGUCUUACACAGUGCCUGCUUCUUGCCUCUGACCUUUCCCGCUCGAUACCCUUGGCUUUAGAGUCACCAAAUAAAUCUGUAGUGACCACCUUACCUGGAUCCCUGUGCUAUCCUGUGGAAAUACAGGGAUGGAGUUUGAUGAAUGUAUAAGUUAGGAGUCUUUUGGUUAUAAAUCAGAGAAAACCUAACUCAAACUGGCUCAAAAAUAAAGAUUUAUUGGCUCAUGUAACUGGAAAGUCCAGAGGUAGUGCUGGCUCCAGGUAAAGCUGAGCCAGUGGCCCAGUAUGUCUCUAAAUACCUGAUUGCUUUUUUUUUUUCCCCACUGCUCUGCCUUCUGUAGGAUCAUCUUAGUCUGGGCUGCCUUGUGGCUGCCAGCACUCUUGGGAUUAUGUGUAUCCUCAUUUAUGUCCAACCAGAAAGAGAGGGCAUCUUUGUGUCAGGAAUCCUAGCAAAAGCCCUAAGAGUCACUCAGUUCAGCCAGCCUGGGUCACGUGCCCACCCCUAACCAAUCACUGCGGCCAGGAGAUUGGUGUAUACUAAUUUGCUUACUUACUCGGCAUCAUGGACUGUACCUUUUAAAAAAGGGUAGGAUCAGCCUCCUGAGAAUCACAUAGAUCCCUAAAUGGAAACUGGGAGGGGGGUGUUCCUGGGGAGGCAGCUGGCACCCGGCCACAGGUAUGAACUACAUGUGGUUUUAGCUUGCCAGGUUGACAGCUAUACCUGCUUCCUUUUUUCCUCAUAGUCUUUCUUGCGUCUUCCUUGCUGCAGCUGCAGUCUUUCCUCUUGUUCUCAUAUCAGAAGGAAUGAGAGGGAAGUCAUUCUUCUUUAGGGACUAUCUCUUUAGUCUCUUUAGAUGACAGUCCCCCCUUUUUUUUCACCUACAUCUCAGAGAUAGCUAUCUUUCCUUUUCCUGUUUCUGAAUUUUAGUUUUCGCCUCAUUCCUGCUUCCCUAUCCCCCAGCCUACUGCCACUUUCACCAAGUAGAGUGAAAGAUUUACUUCCUAGUCAUUUUUAUUAAAUUCAUUCUGUAUCCACCAGGUGUCAGUCUCCUGUCAUGCAUGUGUCAGGACUUAGCCAGGACUGUGGGGUUUAGGCUCUGUGUAUGGAAGGAGGUAGCUUCGCGUGUCAGGGAGCACCAAUGGGAAGGGAAUCCAGUCCCCCUAUGCUGGGAAAAGCAGUAAACCAACCAGUAUUCAUUGAGGACCUACUUCGUCUUCUGCACAGGGCAGCUUCUGUCAGGGAAUCUCAGUGUUCCUUCAGGGAGACUUCAUUAAUCUGUCCAUUUAUUUCCACCAUUGCAGAUUUUUAAAAAAUUAUAAUAUGUAAUGUUUGAUAUCUAUAAAGAAUAUAUUUAACAUGAAUAAAUUAUGGAGCAUAAUAAUUAAAUGACCCAUCACCCAAUUUGUACAUUAAAACAUUAGAAAUACUGUUGAAGUUCUUGUGUUCAUCCCCUAUCCUAUCCUGCCUCUCCCAAGAGGUAACCACUGUCCUUAAUUUUGUGUUUAUUACUUACCUGCCAUAUAUAUGUAUAUAUAGAGAGAGGUAUAUAGAUCUCCAUAUGUGUAUAUAUCCUUUAAAAAUAUAUUAUUCAGCUUUGCUUUUCAGUUUUACAAAAAUUGUACUAAUAGUCCCUUACAGUUUGGGUUUGUUUGUUUUUUUCACUUCACAUUAUUUCUAAGAUUCAUACAUGUUGUAGAUAGCUAUGAUCCGUUCAGUUCCAUCAGUAUAAUAUUUCAAGUGCAUAAACAACAAUUUAUUUAUCCAUCCACCUAUCAAUGGAUAUUUGGGUUGUUUAAAGUUCUUUUGCUGUUACAAACAGUGCUGCUAUGAACAUUCUUGUACAUGUUAGUGCCUUUGUUUUUUGAAUGAUUUCUAAGAAGCUUUCUAAGAUGGUUCCUUUGGUCUACAAACCCUCUGAACUGGGGCCAGUCCCCCUUGUCUUCUCUGGAAGAGUUUACAUCAGAUUGAAAUGAACUGUCCCUUGAAAGUUUGGUAAAAUUCACCUGGUAAACCAUCUGAGCCUGGUGUUUCUUUGUGGGAAAAAUUUUAAUUACUGACUCAAUUUCAUUAAUAAUUAUAGGCUCUUUGGGCUUUCUACUUCUUCUCACGUCCAUUUAGGUAAAGUUUUUUUUUAGAAUUCUAUGCAUUUUAUGUCAUUUUUUAAAAAUGAAAUUUCUUAAAUUUUCUAUUUUGCCUCCGCUCCCUGCAUAGGUGUGUCCUUUUCAUUUCUACCAUUUACUUGUGCCUUCUUUUUUUACCCCUUGACCAGCUACACCAGAAGUUUAUUUUACUAAUCUCUCUUUAGUUGCUACUUUGGGCUUCGUUGAUCCUCUCCCUUUUAUGUUUUUUUCUGGGUGGGGGGGUAUAAUUAUGUUUAUUUAUUUAUUUUUAACCGAGGUACUGGGAAUUGAACCCAAGACCUCCUGCAUGCUAGGCAUGCACUCUACCACUGAGCUAUACCCUCCCCCCAUGUUUAUUUUUCAUUUCAUUAAUUACGGAUCUUAUCUAUAGUUAUUUCCUUUCUUCUGCUUCCUUUAGAUUUAAUUUUUAUGUUCCUUUAUAACAUCUUAAUUUGUAUCUAAUUUUCAAGCUUUUUUCUAUACUAAGUUUUUAAGGACUCGCUUUAUAGUCUCCAAAUUUUUGUUUAUUUUGUUUAAAUUAUUACUUAGUUCUAAGAAUAUUCAAAUUACCUUUAUGACUUUGUUGAUUCAUGAUUUAGAAAAGUUUACAAAUUUCCAAAUGUUUGGAUAUUGAAAAUUUUAUCUUUUUUCUUUUGGCUAAUUAGGUAAUUAGAUUUUGAAAAAUUUAUUUAAAAUGGAGGUACUGGGGAUUGAAACCAGGACCUCCUGCAUGCUAAGCAUGCAUUCUACCACUGAGCUAUACCCUCCCCCUGAAAAAUUUAUCUUUUUGAUAUUGAUUUUCAGCUUAAUCAUUUGUUCUCAGAGAAGGUAGUCUGUAUGAUACCAAUUCUUUGAAAUUUGGGGGGAUUGUUAUUUUGUAUUCUGUAAAUUAUCUUGGAUGACUAAAUCUAUUUUGUUGUUUUUUACUGACUCCUUCCCAUAGUACCUUGUUUCCUUGUAUAUUUUGUGUUUUGGGAUUUUGAGCUCAUAUUUUAUUAACUUAAUCUAAGGGAAUCCAGAGGUCCUUGAUUAAGGGUGCUUUCUUCCAGAGAGCAUUUGCAUUUGCUUCUGCCAGGAGACAAAGGGUGCUCCUGACCUGGGACUGCGGUAGCCCCUUUCAGAGUCCAGGUUUAAUUCAGGAGUCCUAGGUUUUCUCCCCUUUGGCCAGGCCCAAGGCUUAGCCUCUGUUCGCAGUACUGACGCUGGCAUUUGUGCCCGGGGCAAACCUGCUUCUCCUACUCUUACCUUAGCCUUCCUGUAGAUUUCAGCUUAAUGUUCUUUUUUUGUCCUUUACUGGUCUCUUCUAUUUUCUGAUGAGCCCAGCAAUGUGGUAAACAUGUUUGCUGUAAUUUAUCCAGGAUCUAGUUGUAUUUUAGUGGGAGAGCUCUUUCUCUUAUCCAUGCUGCCCGAAGUAGGGUCCAUUACUGUGGUUUUGGCAUUGCCCUUCUUGUUUUUUAAGAGCUACUCACUCAUGAGAAGCUAGGACUUAGGCACUGUCUUCAGAUCAAUAAUGAUCACAGCACAGCGUGAGUUAUGGCAGCAGAAAGCAGAGAGAGCUAUGGGAGCCCAGAGCAAUAGCGCAGCGGUCAGACAGGGAUCAGGAAUGACUUCCUCGUAGAGGUGAAUAGGAAUAAGCUGGACAAGUCUAACUCAUAAAACAAAGACAGAACAACAUAAGACAUAGGGUAAAAAGAGCUAAAUCAUAACACUUAUUCUGCACAUGAGAGCUGUAAAUUCAAAGACAUUGAGUGAUUUGGGAAGGCUUCUUGGAAAAGGUAGAUUUGAAUUAAGCCUUCAAGGUAAGUAGAACUUAGGUGAAAAAGGUGAAGGCAUACCAAGAAAAGCAGGGGUUUGGGGAUGUGGGGCGUGAAUAAAGACAUGGCAGUACAACCCAGUAAAGAGGCCUGUCAGGCGGAAGGGCUGUGAAUGAACAAUAGUGAGAAAUAAACUAGAAGAACACACAAGCAUGAUAGCUAUCCAUUGAUUGAAUGAAUGAAUGGUAUGAAGUUUGCAUUAGAAAAUGGAGGAACUGAAUCAAAAGGAACCAGCCAGGCAGCUGUUGCCAUUAUCCAUGUGGGAGGAGCUGAGGGCCUGGACCUCAGGCUGCUGACAUGUCAGAGGUGACAGGCAUAUGGAAAAAUAAACCACUGGUGAUAGAAUAGAUAGACAUAGCCAAGGAAAUGUCUUCACCGUGACUGGGUUUGGGGAUGGAUCCAUUCACUUUGGGAGACCAGGCCACUGGAAGAUUUUGAGAUUUACAUGACUGUUACAGGGUCUUUAAGUAGCCUGUUUUAAAAUUUUAUCCUGUUUUAAAAAUCUAACAUAAAACAAGUUAUUCUUCUGUAGUUCAGGCGAUCUUCAGUUUAUUAGAUGAAGGGCUAAACUAAGACUUGGGGGACUGCCUACCGCUUCCUCUAUGCCAGUCCUUAUUCUCUCCCCAACACCCUGUUCCCCACUCCCAUUGUUGUCUUUUUUCAUUUAGCCCUAUCCUGAAUUAAAGGUAAUUUAUAAUUUACUAAAAUUUUAAAUAAUCUUUUGCUCUUAAACCAAAACAAACUCUGUAUGUCUAGUCUAUAGCCUCAAAUAAAUGAGUUUAUUGUUUA